UGCUUAAAUGGUAAAAAUCAAGAUUCGAGAUCUCGGCCUGAAGCAUGCCGGCUGGCAAGAUGAGGCAGCGGUUUCUUCCCCAGUGAAAUGGUACGAGAUUCAACAGCGUCUUGAAGAAGAAGAAUCAGGGGGAGAGAGCACUUCUUCUUGGAUCCGGACACAAGUCUAAGAGAAAUGAUAAUGUCCACCGUGACUCCAUGCCAGCGAACGGACGAUCUGAAGCUCGCAUAGUGGACAAGGAGGACGCACAAGAUGGAUCCCAUGAUAUCUUUCGACCAACCUCACGGUUCAAUCUCUUCUCAGUCCUCGCAUACCGCUCCAUUGGUCAAAUCGGCUUUGGCCUCACCUGCAUCUGGUAUCCAUUGUGGUUUCUAAGCCGCCGGGGGCGCAGUACGUUGUGGAGAUUCAAAGAAGGGUCGGGUCGCAAUGCCGUGCAGCUGGCUACCUAACUCGGGCGUUCCGACCAGCAGGGCAUCAACAGCUUCCUGGCA